AUGUACAUCACUCUCUACUACCUUGUCACCCGGCUCCCUGACUCCCUUCGCUCGGUCAGGGACCAAUUCCUCUCCCUUUGCCCCACCACGCUCACUGUUGACCUCCUCGAGGAGCGCCUCCUUGCACCUGAGAAGAGCAUAGUCACUGCAGGAGCCUCUCGUGGUGACCCUCGUGCCCCUUUCUUUGAGGGGUGCUCCCCCGUUCCCCUUUUGCCUUCUUUCGCCUCUGCUGGUGCUGUCGACCUCGUUGGCACCAAGUCGGUCGGCGCUGCGUCUGCUCCUAGUGGGAGGCACCGCAGCGGCAGGAGCAAGGGGGGCAAGGGUGCUGGAGGAGACGGCGGGGGCGGUGGUGGUGGCGGUGGAGGCGGCGGAGGGGGUGGGGGUGGAGCGCAGUGGGGAGACUCGGGGGUUGCUGUCUUUGAUCUUGAUUAUGAUGCUAUCCUUGCUGCUAUGUAUGAUGUGUCUAUUAGUGCUAAGGGUGUCUGUUACCUGUAUGUUCCGCCUGACCCGGGCAUAGAGGCUGCUGCUCUAGGUGCUAGUGAGUCUACUGCUCCAGGUGCUGGUGAGUCUGCUCUCUCAGGUACCGCGUCGGAUCAGGACUUGCACACUUUCACCCUUCACUCGGAUGCUUCCCGACUGCACCACACUCUCGCCGCUCAAUCGGCUAGUGGCAGUCUCUGUGGCUGA